AUGCCUUCUCCAAUUCAUGUGUUCAACUCUAUUUUAGUGACCAACCCAAUUUGCUUCUACAAAACAUUCAAAACCAAUCAAACCCAUCACCAUGUUUCUUCUUCUUCUUAUGCUCUUAAUAAAAACAACAUUACAGAAAUACCCAUCAAAGAAAGCCAUGAUUUUUAUGAGAAACCCACCACCCAAUUAAGCCUAAAACCUCUUGUUGAUGAAAUCAAAGGCUUACCCUUUAAAGAAAAACACCAAAUCAUCACUGUUCAGAAGCUAAAUGGUGAUUUGGGAACUAUUUUUGAGUUCAAUGAACUGCUUUUAGCUCUUGUUGUUGCUGAGGAGCCUUAUCUUGCCUUGAAACUGUUUGAUGAAAUGUCUAGUUAUGGUUUGGAGCCAGAUUCUUGGACAUUUUCUGUAAUUAUUAGGUGUUAUUGUGAGAAUAAUGAUUUUGAUGAGGCAGAGAGUGUUCUAAGGUAUAUGUUGGAUAAUGGGUUUGUUCCAAAUUUUUCUGCUGUAAAUAUUUUGAUGAAUUCAUUAUGUAAAAAGGGUAAGUUGCAGAGAGCUUUUGGGGUUUUGGAUUUGAUGGGUGGGAUUGGUUUUAAGCCAACUGUUCAAAUAUAUAAUUGUUUGUUGAAAGGGUUGUGUUAUGUGGGGAGAGUAGAGGAAGCAUUUGAUAUGUUAAUGAGGAUGAAGAAAGACUCCAUUGUUGGAGUUGAUAUGUAUUCAUAUACAGCUGUUAUGGGUGGUUUUUGUAAAGUUGGUAGAUCAGAUGAGGCUAUGGAAUUGCUUAAUGAAGCUUUGGAGAUGAGUUUAUCACCAAAUGUUGUCACUUUCAAUACUCUCUUUAAUGGGUUUUGUGUAGAGGGAAGACCAUUGGAAGGGAUUAAGAUUUUGAAGAUGAUGAAAGAGAGAGAUUGUCAGCCUGAUUAUAUCAGUUACAGUACUUUGUUACAUGGCUUAUUGAAAUGGCGAAAAACCAAGACUGCUUUGAGGAUUUGUAACGAAAUGUUGGAGAUUGGAUUGAAUGUGGAGAAGAAGAUGAUGAACUCUUUGUUAAGAGGAUUGUGUAGGAGAUUUUGUAGGGGAAGAAAAGAAGACUUGUUUCGAGAUGCUUACCAAUUCUUCGAGAAGAUGAAAAAUGAUGGCGAUUUGUUCGAACCUAGUACGUACGAUCUAGUGAUUCAAACUCUGUGUAUAGGGAAGAAAAUUGAUGAGGCUAGUGUAAGUUUACAGACGAUGAUUCGAAUGGGAUUUUCACCGCAGAUUAUCACACUGAACGGUGUAAUUCAAGCGCUUUGUGUGGAGGGAAAGGCGAACGAGGCGUUGUUUGUUUUGGUUUUGUUGAAUGAAGGGGGUAUAGUUCCUAGUAGAGGAAGUUAUAACCUUUUGAUUGAUGGGUUGAACAAACAUGGUAAUUUCUUCAGUGCUUGUAAUGUGUACGGGGCUGCAGUGAAGCGCGGUUUGAUUCCUAGCAAGAAACCGCAACAAUGAGAAAAUGUUGUCGAUUCUUUGCUUCUUGUAAUAUUACUACGACGAUAAAUCGAUUCACUUUCUUUGAUUAGAUACAAAAAUGUAUUAAGCUAUUCUCAAAUGAGCUAAGUAGUUUACAACAAAGGUUGAGGUUUUACUAAUUUCAAG